GACAUUUGGGAAUGUAACAUUAAGUUAUUUGCUUGUCUUGAAGCCAUAAACAUUCACAUUCACAUUGUAACAAUGAGUAAAGGAGGCAAGAGAUACUUCAACAAGAACAAGAGUCUAAACUGGGUUAUGCAUAUGCAGACACCCAAAACAGAACAAACCAGAGAACUGUGUACCAGUACAGGUUUCAUGCUGGCACAUGGGGUCCCUAAACCCCUGACACAAGGAGAAAAGAGAUAUCCCAAAAUAUUCAUUAAUCUUGAAAAGAAAACAGUGGGCAGAGACUAUACAUUAUCAAUGCAUGAUAAUCGUCCAACUCUGCAGGACACUAUUGAGGGGUAUGAUCAGGGCUUGGGGCGUAAGAAAUGUCUUGAUGAGAGACGACAGCAUAAUUCUCAUUUCCGUCUAUGCCAACAACACAACACCCUGCUUGGCUCAGGAAAGCAGGACCACUCUACGUAUCAGACCGACUUCCUGCCCAAACAGGAAACAGAGGCCACAGGAGCCACAAUUGCACGCCGCUUUCCUAAAAACCACUUAGCCCGGUCUCAAAUGAAUGCUUCAGCUCAGGCUGGGGAGUGCUUCAUGUGGUUUGGGAAACAUGACUGUUACCAGCACACUUCACUAAGUGUACUAGCCAAUAGCAACCUUUAA